AUGACUUCGGCUGCGCGGCUGGCGACGGCAGCGAUCCUGGCGUACCUGUGCGUGCAGCACACCGCGGCAACGGCUCUGGGCGAGCAUCGCUCUUUGCUGCAGGGUACAGCCACAGCGUCUUCGUCGGCUACGCAGACGGAGGCGGGCCGGUCAUCCGGCAGGUCGAGGGCCGACGCUAAGGUGACUCAAGCCGCAGGUGACUCAAUUGCGAAGGCAGUUUCCGAAUCGAUCACGAGGGUAGCAACUGGCGAGAGCAACGCAACUGCUGAAGUAGUGGUAUCUGCGAAUGCCAUUGCCACUGGCUAUGUCAAGGUCGUCGUGAGCGCAAAUGUUGAGGUUUCAGGCACAGGCCCUGGCUCUGAAGCAUGCGGCACGGCUAUAUCUGGUGGAGAUGCCGAGGCCACCGUCACAGCCCAGGCGGUCGCAUCGGGCCUUGUCGCGGCUAUGGUGGGUGUGGACCAAGCCACAGCCGAUGGGGUGGCAGAAGCUGUGAAGACCGCCUCGUUGUUAGUGAGCGCCAAUGCUUUUGCCGAGGCCUGCGCCACAGAUGGUGAAGCCUUGUCAUUCCAGAAGGUUGUGGCUGAGGGUUACCUCUGCCUGAUUGCCGACGCCCUGGUUGAAGUGUAUGCGAUGGUGGAAGGUGGAGAUGCUACUGCUGAGUCUUUUUCUGCUGCUGAGCUCACCGAUUGCUCUGAAGUCUCCGUUCAAACUGAGAGCGCCGCUGAGGUGAAUGGCCUGGGGGAGGCCAUUGCUGAGGGAGAGGGCAUAGCGAUCCCACCGUGUGUGGAGCCUGAAAACACAUGCUGCUCCAGGGCCAAGAAGCUUCUGGGCACCUGUUCAUGUGGCGCCGGGUGCGUGACCCUCAGAAAGGACAGGGACAUGUCUACCGAUGAGGUCGUUGUGUGGGGAAGGAGGAACUCGGACUUCAAGUGCACCUGCACCUAA